GCUCUGUGCUCAUUUCUCUGCGAGGCUGCUCUGUUCUCACUAGCAUUUCUGCUCUGUCAUUAAAGCAAGCUGCUCCACGAACCACACUACCUUAUUUUAAUUUCUUUUUUUGGCUGGGCUUCACACCCGCUGUCCAAAAAUCCACUCCGGUUAUUAUCGCCCGCUGCUGCGUUCAAGGGAUAGACUCAUUUUCAACCAGCUGGACAUCACUGCUCUGAUUGGAGCGAAACAAGAGAUUUGUUAGUUUAACGGACAGCUUUUGGCCUGCAUCGGUGCUCAACUAAAACUAGUAUAUACAUCUUUAAAUAGUUUAGCUUACAUUUUAAAGGUUUAGCUUAGCGUAAACGGGGAAACAAGAAAAUUUAGCAUAACCUUAUUACAGGCGCUGAAUUGGCCACGGAAACCUCGCAGCGGCGAUGAAUCAUUUUAACUGACAGCUUUUUGAAGAAUUAACCGGCUUAAACCAGUUUGCUGCUCAUAGACGCAGUGAAAUCCCAGGUUGUGGCAGCAGGUAACAACUGGAGCUGACAACAGCAGGCGGUUUCUCCCUAAACGCUGCAAAGUGCAUCACUCAGCGUUCAGCUCGUUUGUUAGAGCAGGGUUCCGCUAGCUGCCGUUAGCCUGUCCUCCUGCUAACCCUGGACAGCUCCACCAAGCUAGCUUUGGACAAAGGAGCAACGCAGCGGGGGGAUCUAUAAACACCGAGCUACACAAGUCGUUUUCUGGAGCGACAAACAAGGACCUGACAUGAUGUUUCCACAAUCAAGACACUCAGCCUCAUCGCAGCAGCUGAAGUUUACGACCUCUGACUCCUGUGACAGAAUCAAGGAUGAGUUCCAGUUUCUUCAAGCACAGUACCACAGUUUGAAGCUCGAAUGUGACAAGUUGGCGAGUGAGAAGUCAGAGAUGCAGCGCCAUUACAUUAUGUACUACGAGAUGUCCUAUGGGCUCAAUAUUGAGAUGCACAAACAGGCUGAAAUAGUAAAGAGACUGAAUGGGAUCUGUGCACAAGUCCUCCCCUACCUGUCUCAGGAGCACCAGCAGCAGGUCCUGGCAGCCAUAGAGCGGGCCAAGCAGGUCACCCCUCCAGAGAUGAACUCCAUCAUUAGGCAGCAGCUCCAGGCUCACCAGCUGUCCCAGCUUCAGGGCCUGGCCCUGCCCAUGACCCCCCUGCCUCUGGGCCUGAGCCAGCCAACACUCCCAGCCGUCACCACUUCCUCCGGUCUCUUCUCACUGUCUUCUCUGCUGGCCUCCCAGGCCCAGCUGGCCAAGGAGGAGAAGGCUUCUCGUGACGGCGUAGACAGCCACCGUGAGGAGGACGGCGACAAGUCUGAUUAGAUUCUGUCUCCAUCCAGCUCUUUUAUCACAGAGACAUGAAUACCUAGAUCUGUCCCUGCAGCCCCCCCCCCCUGGUUUCUUCCUUUUUGACCUUACCCAACACAAGGUUCUAUCUUUUGAAUGCAGUUCCAGCUUUAAAGCCCUAACCUAUCCCACUCUGGGAAAAGCUUUGGCACUCAUAUUACAAAAAUAAAAAUUACAUCAAUCGUUACUUUUUAAGUCUUUUUGUUUGUUUAAAGUGCAUUUUUCCUUUUCAUUUAGGACAUACCAUCCUUUAGGAUUUUGGAUCCCUCAUUUUUUAUUUUUUUUUUCCACUUUCUGGUUGUUUUUUGUUCUACUUUAGUACACUGCAUUGUAACCUGUUGCUGCUGCUCUGCACUGGUUCUUGUUUAGCAGAUCUUAUCCAUAUGUCCAACUAAAUCACUCAGUUAAUGUUGAAACAGGGAAGCUGGUAAACACUAGGACUCCCUGAUAAACACUAAAACACAAAGUCCAGGCUCUUAAAACAAGAUCAACAUUAUCAAUAUGAUGAAGUGGGUCAAUAUUAUGGAAUUUUUAGAUUGCAUGGAUUGGUUCUAAGGUUGAUGUGGACUGAGUUUAAUUUGAUUGUCACAGAAGGGGGUGGGCAGUUUAAAACUACAGUUUAAACCUAUAUUGCGGCAUUUCCUAAUAUUUGUGUAUCGUCCAAAAACCUACUAGCUAAUCAUUGCUGGUGUUUUGUAAUAUGUAACUUUUAUCUUUUUUUUUUUUUAAGAAAAACUUCCUGCAGUUGUUUUAUUUUGUGGUAUCCUGAUAUACGAGAGAACAUAUAAAAAUAUCUCUGAACAUCUCUUGAACUUCGUUGCGUCUUUCCAUGUCACAGCCACAUAUAUCAGUGUAUUUUAGUAUUUUCAGGGGUAAAAAGAAAAGUAUCACAUUUGGUUGGUAAUCUCCCAGUCCAUCUGAGAGAUUCAAAGAAGUAUGUCACAAUUGGUAGAAGAAAAAUGUUGCAUAACUGGUUUAUUUUUUUAUUUUUUUCAAAUCAUCAUUUGAAAAGGUAUGUAUUGUGCCUUUGUGUUCAGCUCUCGUGACACUUAAUACCCCCGAAUAAAAUCCAGUGCACACCUUUUACCUUAAAAAAACAAAAAACACUUGACUGGUAAGCAAAGUCCGCUUGGGUCUUUAAGACUAAGAGAUUCUUGGCAAACAAACCAACAGCAUCAGAAAGACCAAAGGGUUAAGUAGGAAGUGUUGGGGACCCAUUUAAUGGUAUCAAAUUGCUUGGAAUAAGAUCUUUUAUCAGCUGAUUUGGUUCUUGAUCAACUGAUAUUAAUGAGCUACACACACCACCAUGACUGCAUUAAGAUCAAAAGUGAUUUUAGGGAAUGGUCAACAUGGAGUUAAAGCAGGGAUUAGAUUAUGAAAGCUAUAAACACCUUGUAGCACUUUUAUGUAAAGUGGUGUUGGUGUCAUGCUAUGAAAUAAUAUUUUUAGCAGGAAUAGUCAAAAAUACAAACAGAAGUCCUGCGAACUAUAAAGAAAGUUGGCUGAAUUCAAAUUUGAAGAAACCAUUUAAAAAUAAUGUACCCAUUUUCUGGCACAUCAGAUUUAUUCUCCAUGUUGCUUUUUUUGCAUAUCUCAUGCUACGAUAAUUAAAACUGGAACAAAAAUACCUAAAACCUCAUUUAUCUGCUGUCAGCUUCCAUCAGAGCAGACCCUGAAGAGGGAGGUUGGUGUGUGUUUGACAGCAGAGGGCAGUCCAUGCUAGGUUCAGGCUUUAGUGGGAAACGAGGACAGCAGUAAGCAGGCGGUAUCUCAUUGGGAUAGCUGAUUUAUUCUAAAGUUUUUAGGUUGGCACUGAACUGAAUUUUCAUCUCUUUGGUCAGCUCAAACCUUUGGUCUGAAAAUCCUUGGUUUGCAUAUAUUUUGUUAUAAAAUCUACAUAAACAAUAGACACGUUUACUGACUGUUAAUGCAGUCAUGAUAUGAGAAGAUAAAUAUCUUUGGGCUUUUGUCAUUUAAAGAUAUCUUUCAGUAGAAAGCUUUUCAUAACAUUAAAAUAUUCUGUUGCAAUUUACCAAUUUCAUUAAUAUUCUUUAUUACAAGCAGUAAAGCCAACCCUUCCUAAUCCAUCAUGUGCAUCUGUUGGACAACAUUCGGAUGGAGACACCUGUCAAAAUGAUAAUUUUUCUGCCAUCAACCUAUUUAGUUUCUGAUUAAUCAUUUCAGUAUUUUUUUCCUGAUUGUGACAAAAAUGUUUAGGUACACAGAUGCAGUAACCUGGUAGAAUAAGUGUCCACCCUUCGUUAAAGCAUCAUUUGAAUCCAUUCCAGCAUUUAUUCUUCUUUAAGGGAAUGUUUUAGUAAGUCAGAUUUAAACACUGUGAUAUUUGCCUCUACUUUGCUGAAGUUCUUUGGACGAUUGGUUGGACCUACUGGGGCGCUGAAGAAAAAGUCCUAUUUUAUCUUCAGGUUUUGACUUGAAAGUCACUGGUAUGUUAAACAGUUCAAAAUUUCAAUGAGCUUACCUAAGAAAGAUUAAAAAUACCCAGAGCAUGAUGCUGCCACCACCUCUGAUACACUCUUAGUAAGGUGGUCUUUGGAUGAUGAAGCAAGAUUUCAAUUUUUAAGCCAGAAUUUUAUUUUUGUGGAGAAGUUGAAAGUUUCCAACUUGUCUUUGAGAGUUUCUGUCCAUACUUCAUGGUGUUUACUUUAGUAACUAUAUUUCUUAAUCACUUGGCGCAUGUUGCUGUUGACUUCUUGGAAAUCUGACCUGUUCCAGAAUACAGAAACAAUGUUUGAGAUGUAUCUGCUGUUUUUGCAUGUUUUCUAAAAUUGUUGAAGCCUUUCUUUGGUGUACAUGUGAUGCUAUUAUGGACUUUUUGUACCAUUUCCAACUGAUACUUUAACAACAUAUAGUAUUGAUCCUUUGCAACCUUUCUAAAUUGCAAAUCCGGAUAUUCCAACUAAAUGUUUCUUGUCAAAACAAAUGGCCUGGAGUUUAUGACAGAUGUAAAUUCAAAAAGACGGAAUCCUUAUUAGUAGAUGUUUUUAUCAAUGAUGUUUUAAGGCAGUGCACAGUCAGACAAGCAGGUUAUUUUUAUUUAAAUAAGGUUUACCCUUAUUAAAAUAUAUAUUUUUUUUCAUUUGAAUUGGCAGAUUAAAAAUGGGU